CCUUCACUCCCCCCCACACACAAUAAACAAACUGAUUGCUGCUAACCAGCUAGCUAGCUAAGCUAGGAUAGGAGACAGCCAGUGAGUCAUAUUAGAGUACCAGGACUGAUGGAGCUCAGGCUGUGCUUGUUACUGACUCUCCUGUCCUCCCUGAAAGCUGUUAAUGGACUUACCAUCAUUGUGAAUUCUGAUAAUGGAACAGAGCUAUUUCGAUAUGAAAAUGACAACUCUGCCCUAGAGGGACGUUCGUACUCACUGCCUGACAAUGAGGACAAUAGGAUUAGGGGCCACUUGCUGAGUCCUGGUGCGUACAGAAGUUGGUGUGAGCCUAUUCCAUCUGUGAACGUGAACCUGACACUGAUAGCCUUUGUGGAGUCCUACAACAGCAUUUGCCUCAGCGACCUGGAGGACAACAUAUACAAAGCUGGCUACUCCGCUAUGCUGGUCUACACUCCAUUGAGCAAUGUAGUUUUGCCCCAAAACACUGACCUUCCCCAAGCUAUGUUCUCAGAUCAUAAAUUUGCAAUUUACCUAAACUCGAUACUCGGCGCUAACUUCUCUUAUAAUGAGCAUGUGUACAUUGAGAUGUGGGAUGACUCUCUUGUUAAACUGGAGAGAAUCUUCAUCAUCUUUGGCUCCAUACUACUGGCCUCGGUGAUUCUAGCCAUUGCUCUAUUCUGCUGCACAUUCUUUUGUCGUACUCUGAUCUCCAAGUGGCGUACUCGUGGGCUCAGUCGCUGGCAGGUCCGGCGACUCCCACGCAGGAAGUAUCGCAAGGCCAAAGAGACGACUGAAACCUGCUCCAUUUGUUUAGACGACUUCAAAGAAGGCGGCACUAUCCGAGUACUACCCUGUGAACACAUAUUCCACCCAAAGUGUGUUGACGAGUGGCUACAGAAAUGGAAUCGUACGUGUCCACUUUGUAAGUCCACUAUUAAGCGCAGCAACGUGGCACGGGCGCGCAUUGACCCAGAUGAGACCUCUGGACUACUGUCAGAGGAGGGAGGGGCCUCCAGUGCUAGAACUAGCUUUAAUGAUGAGACUGACUAUGGAGCCACUGACAUCAUCCCUCUGUUGGGGCCAGGGCAACCACCCAUUGCCGCCUCUCCCUCAAGUAUGGAGCUAGGUCUGUCACCGGACUCCACUGAAACAGAGAGGACCUUCCACACUCCUGUACCAUUCCUGGAUGGGGAGACAGCCUCCUAUCAGACUGCUGAUGAGGGACAGGCCACAGAUGUUGAUAAUGCAAACUAAACUCUCUUGUGUUCUCAUGUCAUCCUGCUCAGUUUAAUUUGUGUCGGUGUGUAAGCAUUUUCACUGUUUGUGUGUAUAUACUCGGUCGCUUGGACUCUUGUGUUCGGAUUUAUUUUGCACAUUGCACAUAAUUAUAUACUAAUUGCUGAUUGA